GGAGCGCGAGCGCAGAGCGAGCUGCAGUCCAGUGGGGAGGAGAAGAAGAAGAAGAAGAAGAGGAGGAGACGACGGGACGGGAAGAGACAGCAAACCAGGGCAAAGUGAAAGAGCAGAACGGCAGCGUAAACGAGAGAGAAAAAAACGUCUGGAUUAAUUUAGCGAGAACAAAAACCCAAAACGAAAAUCAGACGCGCGACAGCCACGCGCAGCCGGGGGGAGUUUCGGGGAGAGACGCACCUUGGGUCCGUGGACUUACACCGGAGACGCAGAGCAACACUGAACAUCGCCUCCUAGAAUAGAAACACUGAGAGCCGAAGACUCGCUCGCCUGACGCGGCUCGGUCUCCCCCUUCGCCUCGUCGUGUCCGCGGAGCGGUGCUCGCACCGGCUGAACCUCCAUGUACAAAAUGGAUUACUCCUACCUGAACUCCUAUGACUCCUGCAUGGCGGCCAUGGAAGCGUCGGCCUACGCGGACUUCAGCUCCUGCAGCCAGGCCAGCUCGUUCCAGUACAACCCGAUCCGGAGCGGACCCUUCUCCAACCCGGGCUGCACUCCGCUCAGCACGGCCAGCUGCACACUGGGAGCCCUGCGGGAGCACCAGCCCACACCCUACUCCUCAGUUCCGUACAAGUUCUUCUCGGACCCCUCCGGCCUGAACGAGAAGCGGAAGCAGCGGCGCAUCAGGACCACCUUCACCAGCUCCCAGCUCAAGGAGCUGGAGCGGGUGUUCGCCGAGACGCACUACCCGGACAUCUACACCCGAGAGGAGCUGGCACUGAAGAUCGACCUGACCGAGGCCCGGGUACAGGUUUGGUUUCAGAACAGGCGUGCCAAGUUUCGUAAGCAGGAGCGCGCAGCCAACGCCAAGGCCAACAACUCUGCAACAGGCAGCUCCAGCAGCAGCAGCUCCGGGGGGAAGAAGGGCGGGGAGACGAGGUCUUCGUCCGACGACGACGAGUCCAAGGAAUCCACCUGCAGCCCCACGCCUGACAGCACGGCCUCCCUGCCGGGCUCGGCCAACGGGAACCUGGGCAGCCCUGCGAGCCUGAGCCCCAGCCCGGCUCCUGCCAACAGCGGCUACGCCAACACCUCCAGCUCUCCGGUCCUCCAGGGGCUGAAGCCGCCCAGCUGGUCCAGCCUGGGGCCGUCCAACCCGGCCGUGGCCCAGCCCGAUGCCCAGACUCAGGAGAUUCUGAAGGCCUGGCACCCGGCGGACAGUAUGACCGGGCCUUUUGCUGGCGUCCUGUCGUCCUUCCACAGAAAACCCAACCCCGGCAUCAAGACGAACCUGUUCUGAAGCACAGAGGAAGAGGGAGAAAAAAGGGAAACAGACAUUGUGUGGUCUCCGGGGACAGUGCAGAGUUUCUAGCCACUGAAGAGUCAGGACUCACCCAUUGUAACAGUGAACUCACUGGUGUGCUCUGCUGUAGCCCAGCAACCUUGUGUCAAAUUGAUUCAGAACUCGGAUAAUGCGGUCAGAGGUUCGGCCACCGUCUCUCUCUCCCCAAAAUAUAAUGCAACUGUGCACAUUAUUAACUGCAAAACCCAACUUGGACACGGACCGGAAAUCAGCCUUCUCCAGACUGAAACAGUGUUGUCAUCGCUAUUUAAUGAUGUAAAACUCUCCAUGUACUCAAACUGUUACCUGACCAAAAACUUCACAGUGUCAAACGGAUAUGUGUGCGUCCAGCCCAAACUCUCUCGACUCCCUGACUGUGACACACAACAUCUGACCCUCUGACCUUCUUCGCCGCUCUUCCCUUGCACGCCUACGUUUCACAUUCCCACACUCGCGUUGCGAUGCGCCCGGGUCGAGCCCUCGGACAGGCACAGCCGCAGCCGCAGCUCUGAUGAUGAGCAUGCCGGUCAGGUACGGACUUAGGGCAGAAAUCCAAACAUCACAAAACAAACAUUUACUCCACAAGCACAACUUCCUACAGCCCCCCCUGACAACACAGACACACACCAGAAGGAUCUAAAUCUGUUUGUCGAGCAGAAACAGGGCCACCAAAAAUCCAAUUAGAGAAGCCGGGUCCAGACUGGAAACCUCCCCUGUACAAUUCAUCCCCUCCCUCCUUCUUUAAUGUAUUAAGUCCUGACUCCCCCCCCCCCCCCCCCCC